ACAGCUGAUUUCUGACUGUCUGGCAGCGCCGUAAUUUGUACAUUUCGUUUCGUCACAUUCAUUUUUAACAAAAUUAACAAAAAAUCAAAGUUUAAGCCUUAGCUGAAUUGUUAAUAAACAUUAUCCAAUGGGCAAAGGCGUACCAGAUAGAUGGCUUAAUUACAGUGCCAUAGGAAAGCGUGUACCCGGUACGCGAUUCAUAGCAUUCAAGGUGCCGCUGAAUCAGAAUCUCAAUACACGUGUGGACGAGGAGCUGCGACUGGGGCCCGAAUCGGUGCUGGAGUCGGUGCCCAAUCUGGGCAUGAUCAUCGAUCUGACCAACACAAACCGCUACUAUCGCCCGCAGUCCUUCACGGAGAACGAUGUGCUGCACCAGAAGCUGAUGAUACCCGGAAAGAAGACGCCGUCAACGGCAUUGGCACAAAAAUUCUGUCACUAUGUGAAAGACUUCCUCGCGGUGAAUGUGGACAAUGAUAAACUGAUUGGAGUCCACUGUACACAUGGCGUGAAUCGGACUGGAUACUUGAUCUGCUACUUCAUGAUAACCAUGCUGAACAGGUCACCUAUGGAGGCCAUCGAGAGCGUUGCUGCGGCACGGGGCCACAAGAUUGAGCGCGAGAACUACUUGAGCUCGCUGCGCCGGCUGGCCAAGUCCAGCGAGGAGCCCAGCCAGGACACAGGCUAUACGAGUCACUACAACAAGCGGCACAACUGGAACGAGCAGGCAGACGGACCACAGCAGCAUUAUCAGCAGCAUUAUUAUGAUCAGCAUCAGCCGGAGGGACGCUAUCAGCAAAGAUACAACCAGCGAGCCCAUGACAGUAGCCAUGACGAUGUGCGACAGAGCAGGUGGCAAAGUAACAGCGUUGGCUACCGCUACCAUAGAGGAGGUCGCCCACAGCAGGCGGAACGCUUUCGGUGGAGCAACAUUGAAUGGAAGCGGCAGCAGCGGGGUCGUCAGCAAUAUCAACAGCCAGAGCAGCGCACAAGCGGAACAUAUCAUGGAGAUUUUCGCAACAGGAAUUCGGACUGGCGAAGCACCCGAAAUGACAAUGGCAAUGGCGAUGAUCCUGAAUGGAACAAGCCGCAUUGGAAUGGCGCCCAACACAGUAACAGCUGGCGCCAGAGCCAUUACCAGGCGAGAAACGGUAACGAUUCCAGGGGCAACAACAAUAGCCUUAAGUCCUACAACCAAGCCAAUAGCAACAACAGCAAGAAAGUCAACCAUUUGGAUGACAGAUUGCAGGAGCAAAAAAUCAUCAAACGAAACUGGGAACGGCGGCAGCACCGCCAGCGUCAGCAGCAGCAGCAUCGACUGCGCCAGCGGCAUCACAGUGGCGCCGCGGGUGCCAUGCAACAGCCGCAGCCGAAGAACCUGGAGGUGCGUCACCAUCACAACAACGCCACCCUCAUGGAGCGGCGUAGACGCCGGCUGCUGGAGCGACGCCGCCACAAGCAGCAGCAGCAGCAGUGGGAGCAGGAGCAGCGUGAGGGGUCGUCGCCGGAACGCGAUACCGAGCACCUGCCCAAGGCAUCCUCGUCCGCCUCCUCAUCCUCCGUGGCGCUGACGGCCACAGCCGCCUCGCUGGCCCCCUCCGCCCUCAAUCUGGUGGCCAUGUUGGCUGCCAGUCGCCGCAAGCGGGACAGGCGGAAAAGGUCUGCUGCCGCUACCGCCGCCGCCGCAGCGGGCACAGCGGCAGCCGCUGGUGCCGGUGGGGCGUCCACAAGUGGGGCGGACAUGCAGCUGAUGGAGAUGGCCUCGCAGCGACAGCAACAGCAACAGCAGCGGCAGCGGCAGAUGGAGCAGCAGCAGCUGGAUGAGGUGCGGGAGCAGCAACAAAAUGAAUACUCAACCAUACCCUAUGUUAAUAGAAACCUAACCCUAAGCCCAGAGCAAACCCUGCAGCUACCACAACACCUAAACGUAAGCCGUAACCUAAACGUAGUAGAACUUAGCCUUAAGCUAAAUAGUAAUAGCGAUAAUGUUAAUAAUGCAAUACCUGCCUUGCCAAAAAACUACAACUACUUGUACAGUAACGAGCAUUAUAAUAUGAAUACUAAAAGUAGCACGACUGAUUCUAGUACUUUAGAGACUAGCACUAAGUUCGAUAGUCCAAAUAGCCAUAGCCAUAGCCAUAGCCAUAGCCAUAGCCAGAGCGCGUUCAAUCAGAAUAUUGACAAUAAUCUUAAGGAAUCCAACGAUCGAAUUGACAGUGUGGCAGCUGCAGUUGAAACUGCAACAGCAAGGGAAAGAGAAGCAGAAACAGAAACAGAAACAGAAGCAGAUGUGCUGGAGAAUCGCAAUCAUAUUGAUGCUAAUAAUAUAGUCGACGAGGACGAGGACGAGCAUGAGCACGAAAAAAUUAUUCUAAAGAAGCUUUUUCGUAGCCUAGAGCUGCCACAGCAGCAGCAGCAGCAGCAGCAGCCUCAGCAACAACCUAAUAUUGAUAACUAUAAUGCAAAUAUUAACGUUGUUAACGAUAAUGAUAACGACAAUGGGCUGCUGAUCAAUAAUAACCAUAAUAGUAAUUAUAACGAGCAAUUUGCGAAUGACGAUGAAACGAUACGAAUUCAAAAUAAUAAAUAUGAAACACAUAUAGUACAAUACAAAUCUGUGGUACUUAUUUCAAACAUUUCCAAUUGGUAA